UGGGCAGAUCCAUGAAAUGACUAUUAAAUUAACCUAAAACCAAGUUGACGAUAAUAAGAAAACAAGUGGACUUUUUUUAAGUUUGCAUUUUAAUAUACUGUAUUGUUAUGGACUAGUAAUGAUAGUAAUGUGGUUGAUCUUUUAACCAGCUUAAAACGUCCCCUUAUAUGAUUCCCUAAGAUGACUGUUACUUGACAAGUCUUUUCAACUUUAGAUCAAAAAAACGCGAUGGCAAACGGAGGCGUGAACCCCUUGACCCCGCGCUCCUCCCACGGGUUUUCGUGUCAGGUGCCGUUUAUUGUUGGUUUCGCUUGCCAUACCUUGCCGUGCACGCGCCACCUACUUUGGGCGUGGCGUUGAGCUGUGGCGUCACGAGCUUCCGGUUGCGCUCAGAGUUGCCAGAGACGACACAGGCGUGAGGGGAAGCGACGCCUGGGACUUAUGCAUUACUGGGAGAAAGCAUACACAAGACUGGAGCUUCGCUAUGGCAAAUGGACCGGGCCUGUCCACUGCUAAAGGAGGGGAAGUUUAUGUGGGGAGUGAAGUCCGUGAGGCUCUCGCCCUGUUGGAUGUUCUCUACGCGAACCACUUCGAAGGGCAGCGCUUCGCUCCAGAACUUAUAAAGCAGACGGAGGGGAACUUCUACAGAGGAGCACCACCUCUGUGGUUAAACUUUCACAUCAGUGAACAGGCUGAGUCAGACGGCGCAGGGACUCCGCUCAUCAAACGGGAUGGAUAUGACACACUGAUACAACAAAUUCAACAGAGCAGAAAAUACCCUGGAAUAUCAACCGUCAAGCUGUUCCACCAGCCGGGAUGUGGGGGCACGACACUGGCCAUGCAGGUGCUGUGGGAUCUGCGAAAAACCUUCCGAUGUGCCGUUUUAAAAGGCUCAACCUCGGACAUGACCAGUGUUGCGAAGGCCGUGGUCCAGCUCUUCACAGCCGGCAGUCGAGACCUCCAGAACACAGUCCUGCUUCUACUGAACGACGAGCAGAUUCUGGAUAAUCUUCAGGACAGAAUCAUGGAAGAAAUUGAAGCACAUGUUACAGUUUCCCAUAUGCCUGUGGUGGUUUUAUUCUGCUGCCUGAGAAAGAACACAGUUCUAGAAGAUAACCACAUUGUCCUUGGAAAAAGUCUCUCAGACACAGAGAUGCAAAAAUUCUGUGAGAAGAAGAACGAGCUGAGCCAACAGUACCCUGAUCAGCACCAGCAAUUUCAUGGAUUUAACAUCCUUCAAACAAACUUCUCUCAGGACUAUGCCAGAGAAGUGAGCACUGUAUUUACCAAGGCUCUCAAAGCAAAGAGGAACCUUAAGUUAAAGCUGGCUGCCUUCCUGGCCCUGCUCAAUACCUACGUACCAGGGUCGUAUCUCGUGGAGUCCCAGUGUCUGGAGUUCCUCAAACAGAAGGACUCCUCCCACGAGGGCCUUUCUAUGGAGCCAUUUAGUCACCUGAUCGUCACUUUCAUACGAAACACAAGUGGGGAAAAAAGGGUACGACUGGCUCAUCCUAUGAUAGCACAGAGCUGCACUGAACUGAUGGCUGAGGAAGGUGUGACCAGAAGUGACACAGUGAGAAACUUCAUCAACCAUUUCUGCAAAGAGGAGGUUCCUCCACAUUUGCUAGGUUUUAUCAAAGACAUGCUAACAAAGAGGGAAGAGAAAAAAGGGGACACGCUAGUCGACAGUACAGAGGUCACAGAAGAGAAAGAAAGGUUUUCUAGGCUAAUUCUAGAUGUCAAAGAAACGGAGGGCAAGGUGCAAUGUACAUCAGUUUUAAAGGUAGCUUCAAAUAAAUUUGAUCAGAAUCCACUGUUUCCACAGGCACUUGCUCGUUUUUAUUACAUAGAACUACAAAACUACAAUCUGGCCGAAAUAUGGGCAAAAACAGCAAAGCAAAUAGAUCCCCGCAGCUCAUUCAUCGCUGACACGCUGGGACAGGUCCAUAAGAACCAUCUGAAAAGCAAAGAGGCUCCUUCCAAGCCCCGGGAAAUCCUGCAACUGGCCACAAAGGCCAUCGAGGCUUUCAAAGACGAAGAACAACUCGCUGAAAAAGAAUACGAAGCAACGAGGAACAAAAAAGGUUCACACGUUCACAACACCCGAGGGCAGUUCGGGUACCUGCAGGUCUGCAAUAUUCUGUACAACGUCCUUGUCAGCCAGGAUGAAACCUGGAGAAAGGUGCUCACAAACAAGGCGCCCGUGGCGUCUGUGCUGGAUUCACUCGGCGACAAAAAACUCAUCCGAUAUAAUGGUCUCAUAAAAACCUUUAGGGACGAGGUUGAGAGAAAGUAUAAAUUCUUUGAUACAUUUCUGACAUAUUCAAAGCCCAGCAGAAGAAAACAUGAUGCCCCGUACAUUUUAAAAGACAUCUCAGACUGUUGCCGGAAGUAUGUGGAAGAUGUGGAAGCGAAAUGUGACGUGAAGCAGAAACUUAAAGAAUACCUGGCCGACACCUCCACGGGGGUGAUCUCGUGUCUCGACCGAGAAUGCACAAAGCACGAGCUAAAAGAAACCUCGGCGUGCUGGGAGAAGGUCUAUGCAAGCAAAGGUCCUUUAACAGCUCUUGUCAACCACAUCUUUGCUCAUAUCAUGUUAAUAAACACAGGAGAGCGGUUUCUGCCCACCUUUUCAAUUCAGUAUUUGCACACCUUUAAACAGGAAAUUCCUCUCAGUCCACAAGAGGCACCUGAGCUUCAUCUGUUGGCCCUCAUCUUAUGCUGGCCCACAGACGCUGCAGACAAAUGGGCCCUUAACCUCGGCCAGCUUGUCCAGCGUAUGCGUGAUUCUUAUGAAUGUUCAUACAAGAAACAAAUUGGAUCGCGUUACCUUCGCCCCCUGUUUUUCAUUGGAAAAAGUCAUGGACUAAAACGGGUGAUUCACAGAAAGGUUCUUGAGGGAAUGUGUCUGGGACUGAAGGAUACAAAACCAGACUGCAGCACUGACUGGAACGAUGAAAAGAUGUUCCAGGAUCCCACCAUCCAGGGAAAUCUUUUUAAAUUCGAAGGGGUGGUACAAAACUACAGAGUUUAUGCAACUCUUGAUGGAACGGAGCUCGAGGUGGACGCUAAUGUACGAAACAACCUCUGGAAACCACGGCAGGUCUCCUUCAAUCUUGGAUUCACAAUCCGAGGGCCUGUAGCAUUUGGGAUCCACACUAAAACUACAGAGAAGGAACCAUUACCCAAUGAUUGAAGACUGGAUGGAGCAAAAUCACUGGUUUUCUCAACACAUGUUUAGACACAAGCCAUUAUUGAACCUGCCUGUGAAGAUGCUCAGUUUUAGGUUCUGUUCUCCAGGUUCUGUUCAGUGGCAACUGGACUUGCUUUUAGUUUUUAAAGACAUUUCAUGUUGCAUUUAUAGACUGCUAUUGUAGUAGUAUAUGUAGUAGCAGCUACUGUGAAUAAGCAAAAAAUUGUACCUGAUAAUUGUAGUUUUCAGUAUUAAUAAAGCAAAAGUAUAAAAUACUUUUGCUCGGGUGAAAAUCACCCCCAGAUAGUGCACUAAGGUUAAAGAAGGCCAAACAUCAACAUAUAGUUAUUUAAAUGACCAUCUUUAUUUGCAUUUCAAGGAAUCCCAUGUUAAUAAAUAUACAAACAUGAAUUCCCUGCCAGCAAUGUGUCCCACAUCAAGUUUGAGAAAGUCCCAUUCAAUAUUGGUUUAUCUGAGCAAUCAGCCCCUCCAUCUCCGGACGCGCUUUGAAACGCGCAUGGAAAUCAGCUUCUGUGUGCUGAGGGGAAAAAAGGAGACAGGUUAAAAUACACUGUUGUCAACUGGAUUUACCCAUUUCAUUCACUAAUGCAUCAAAAAGGUUUGUUUCAAAAAAUUAAACAACGUUCAUGAACUACAACUGCAACCCUACGAAAACCUCAAAAAAUUCAUUUUCGUUUUAAAGUAAAGUAAUUUAAUAUAUUUGUAUCUCUUAGGCCAAAGAGUAUCAUAGCUGGAAGAGUUGUCGAGAGAGCUGUUCACGGAGCACUGUAUCAAAGCCUACACAUUAAACAAGUUGUCUGAUGCAUGUGCUCCUGCUGACUUAUUAACCUGUAAACAUCAGCACUGGCAUCAGAAGCAUCUGAUGCAACUGUAAGGAUAAGCUGAACUUUUCUGCUUUUCUCUAGACUAAAUUAUAUUUGUUUGAUAAUAUUCUCAUUUUUUCAUACACCAUAUUUGAUUUUCAUGGACAGAAAGUUGCAGUGAUAUAUAAUAUUCUUUUGUGUUCAGUUCAGUAUGAUUCUGAAAUGGAUCUAUUGAGACACAUUCUGUUAUUGGACUGUUAUUUUUUGUAAUGUAUAAAUUAAGCCAUGUGCAUAGUAUCUGUGUGGCAGACACAACUAAUUUAAUAAACAACAAAAACAGUAA